UAACAGCAGCACAAACGAGCGGUGGCAUUCCUAUUGAUACGUUUCCUCAUCGGUCUCCUCUGAAAAACUGUUGUAGGGACUUGACAAACCAGAUACAUCGCUUUCUGUGGAAUAAGGGAAGAUGUCCUUGUCUGGCUGGGUGUGUGUAGUUACAGGUGCUUCCAGAGGCAUUGGCCGGGGAAUAGCUCUCCAGCUGUCUGAGGCAGGAGCCACCGUCUACAUCACAGGACGCCAGGAGAAGACUCUCAAACAAACUGCAGCACAGGUAAAGGAGAGGGGUGGCAACUGUGUGCCAGUUAUCUGUGAUUCUACAAAAGACGAAGACAUUGAAAACCUGUUUGAACGGCUCAGACGUGAACAGAAUGGCAGGCUGGACAUCCUGGUUAACAAUGCCUACGCUGGAGUACAGGAUAUAUUUGAGAAUAUGGGGAAGAAGUUCUGGGAAACCGAUCCGUCCAUUUGGGAUUCCAUCAACAACACAGGCCUCAGGGGCCAUUAUUUCUUCUCAGUUUAUGCGUCCCGGAUGAUGGUGGCUCAAGGUCGAGGUUUGAUAGUAACCAUUUCAUCUAUGGGAGGGCUGGGGUACAUCUUCAAUGUGCCAUACGGCGUUGGUAAAGCCGCAUGUGACAGGCUGGCAGCAGACAUGGCUGUUGAGCUAAAAAGUAGAGGAGUGGCUUCAGUCAGUUUGUGGCCGGGAGCGGUACGAACAGAGUUUGUAUCUCAGUUCAUAUUGGAGAAAGAAACACCACACGGUGUGGAUUCAAAGUAUAAAGAUUUAUUCGCUAAUGGAGAAUCCACUGAAGUGAGUGGGCUGUGCAUUGUCAACCUGGCAAAAGAUAAAAAUCUCAUGUCUCUGACUGGGAAAGUACUCUUGACUUGUGACCUGGCGAGGCGCUACGGGAUACAAGAUGUCGAUGGAAGGAGUGUAGCUGAUUACACUUCCUUAAAAUUCCUCCUGACUCAGGUCCCACGUCUCUCCUGGCUGUCAGCUGUUGUCCCUUCAUUCCUACGCGUGCCACGCUUUGUGCUCACCCUGGCCACCAGCCGGUUCUAACAGUACCUUGGUAAA